AUGGAAGAUUUCACCAAGCAGCUGAGGGACAGCUUCUCCACCAGAUUUGAAGACUACAGUAUGCCCAAGGAUAUAAUUGCGUUUACUUACGAGUGCCUCUGUGUCCCCGGAUGGGAGGGCGAGUUCUGCCAACAGGAAAUAGACGAGUGUUCAUCACAGCCGUGCAAAAACAACGCCACCUGUACUGACCUCCUCAACAGCUACCAGUGUCUGUGCCCGCAGGGCUGGGCAGGUGUGGACUGCUCUGAGGAUGUGGAUGAGUGUGACUCUGGGCCCUGUCUGAACGGAGCUCAGUGUCAGGAGUCACCCCUACCUGGGGAGUUCAGCUGCACCUGCCCCCCCUUCUUCAGUGGGCCCUUAUGCAACAUGCCCUUUGACCCCUGUGACCCUGCCCACGAUCCCUGCCUGCACAAUGCCACCUGCCUGACUCGUUCUGAUGGAACAGCAACUUGCAGAUGCCGACCCGGAUUCCAGGGAACGCGCUGUGAAAUUGACACCGACGAGUGUUUCUCAGGCCCAUGCCAGAACCAGGGCCACUGUCUUGACCGGGUCAACAGCUACAGCUGUGACUGUGAGCCUGGGUUUUCUGGCCCACACUGCGAGGAAGACAUCAACGAGUGUACCUCCAGACCCUGCCAAAAUGGAGGCAUUUGCCAAGACCAGGUUAACAGGUUCCACUGUAAUUGCCCAGCUGGAUAUUUUGGCACCCUGUGUGACCUGGAUAUUAAUGAGUGUGAAGUUUCACCUUGCCUUCACGAGGCCGUCUGUAUCAACAAACCUGGAGGCUUCAAGUGUGUCUGUCGCCCUGGAAACGCAGGGACGUGGUGUGAACUGAGCGUUGACGAGUGUGCGUCGAACCCGUGCCAAAACGGCGGGAGCUGCGUGGAUGGUCCCAAUCGAUACCAGUGCUUAUGUACUGGAGGCUUCAUGGGUUCCCACUGCGAGACCAACUUUGAUGAAUGCAUGUCGGGCCCCUGUCUUCACGGGAGGUGCAUUGAUGGAGUGGAUGUGUAUUACUGCCAGUGUGAAUUGGGAUGGACUGGUGCCAGAUGUGAAAUGAACAUUGAUGAGUGUUCUUCCAGUCCGUGUCUGAAUGGUGGCUCCUGUGUGGACUUGGUUGAUAAAUAUGCGUGUUUCUGCCUGGAUGGAUACACUGGAAAGAACUGUGACAUUGACAUAGACGUCUGUCUAGAAACCCCCACCAAUGUCACCCUGUGUUUAAAUGGAGGGACUUGUCUCGAUGGCCAAGGCUCCAAUUUCACCUGCAGUUGUCCAGCAGGUUUCAUAGGGGACUUCUGUGAGAUGGACGUUAAUGAAUGCUGUUCAGAUCCAUGUCUCCACGGGGCUAUCUGCCGAGACCUGCUUAACGGAUACCUCUGCCACUGCAGAGCAGGUUGGACAGGCCUUCACUGUGAGUUGGACAUUAAUGAGUGCCUUCCGCAGCCCUGCAACCAGGGGAUGUGCACCCAGAACGAGCCUGGCUACGGCUACACCUGUUUCUGUCGUCCUGGAUUUGUGGGGAGGAACUGUGAGCACAAUUACGAUGACUGCCUGCUCCAGCCGUGUCCGGGAGGAUACUCCUGUGUUGAUGGUAUCAACGAGGUCAGCUGUCAGCCAGCCGAGGGAGACAUGUCCACUGUGCCCUGGGAGCCUUCUAUGACACAAACCCCUCGGGGAUCCCUGCUCACCACGUCACCAAUGUCACCAGUGUCACCGUACAGUGGACAACCAACAGACUCCAGCUACGUCCAGUACUCUGGUAAUUCCUACUUGGAGUUUGAGGGCAUAGACCUUGGUGCCAACAACAACAUCACUGUGAGGUUUCAGACCCAGGAGGUCCAGGGAACCAUCCUGUACGUGGACCAAGGAGCAGUGACCAGGGGCUUCUUUUUCAUGAAACUCUUCAUCCAGGAGGGAAUGCUACAGUAUGUCUUCUCCUGUAACCGAGAGGAAGGGAUCAGAAGGAUCAAUACAUCCAUCCGUGUUGACGACGGCAAUCCAUACAUCGUCUACGUCAGACAACACCUGGCGCCAUGUGAAGCGGAAGUGGUCGUGUCUGGGUAUGAGAGAGUCAGAAGCCAGCCCAGCAACUACUGGUCGGGACUCACCACACAGAGAACAAGCCAUCUGUUUGUAGGGGGCUUGCCUCGUCGAUACCUGCCAUAUCAUGGAGCCCAACCCUUCUCCAACUACACCGGCUGCGUUGAAAUAAUUGAAAUUAAUAAGCUGCGGGGAUUCUACACAUCCAGUGCCGUUGCCGGCAGCAACGUAGACAACUGCAGGUCAAGGUUCAGCAGGAGUCAACACAUCUGUAUGGACCCAGCCACCACCAUCCCGACCGCCACCAGUUCCUACCCGCCCCUGGCAACUGGCUCCUACCCGUCCCCGGCAACCAAGUCCAGAUCCUACCAGUCCCUGGCAACCAAAUCCAGUUCCCACCCGUCCCUGGCAACUAAGUCCAGUUCCCACCCGUCCCUGGCAACUAAGUCCAGUUCCCACCCGUCCCUGGCAACUAAGUCCAGUUCCCACCCGUCCCUGGCAACUAAGUCCAGUUCCCACCCGUCCCCGGCAACCAAGUCCAGAUCCUACCAGUCCCUGGCAACCAAGUCCAGUUCCCACCCGUCCCCGGCAACCAAGUCCAGUUCCCACCCGUCCCCGGCAACCAAGUCCAGAUCCUACCAGUCCCUGGCAACCAAGUCCAGUUCCUACCCGUCCCUGGCAAUUAAGUCCAGUUCCCACCCGUCCCUGGCAACUAAGUCCAGUUCCUACCGGUCCCAGGCAACCAACACCUACCCGGCGGCCACCAUCCGUCUCUACCCAUCCCUGGCAACCAGGUCCCACCAAUCCCUGGCAAUCAGUUCCUGUCCAGCCGGCUCAACCAGCGCCUACCCGGGCUCGGCCACUACUGCCAGCUCCUACCCGGCCCUGCCACCAACAGCUCCCACCCAGCCACCACCACCACCAGUCUGCCAUGCUGCCCUCUGUCUUAACGGUGGGACCUGCUAUGAGCUGCAGAGGCCCAGUGGAUCUCUGUCCUACUGUGACUGCCCCCUACACUUCACUGGACGCCGCUGUGAGAAAGAUACCACAAUAUUCAUCCCCUCUUUCAACGGCACGUCGUACCUGGAGCUGCCUCCGCUUGCCUCUCUGCUGCAGUCUCCUGGUGCCAACGCUGAUCCAUCUCACCCUGCCAAAGACACCACUGUUACCCUGUAUCUGACUGUCAAAACCAGAGCUACACAGGGCACCAUCCUCUAUACUCGGGAAGAGAAUUUAGGAGAUCGUUUUCUCCACGUGUUCCUCCAGGAUGGGAUCCCUGUGGUAAAACUGGGAUGUAGUGAUGUCCAGGUGUUGAAUGCAGACGCAGGCCAAACCAUCAACACUAACAGGCUGACGUCCAUCAGAAUACGUUAUGGGCUGCCUGUCGGUAGGAGUGGAGGGUCAUGUAUGAUUGAAAUAGCAGUAGAUAAUGGAACAGUGAAACAUCAGGAGGAAUCCUUGUUCCAGCCCGUGUCAGAGGUAGCGUUGGGGCCUAUAUUCCUGGGGGACGUCCCCUCCCAAAGGGAUCAGCCUGCCAGCACCAGGGAGGGGACAGGUUUUGUAGGCUGUAUCAGGGAGCUGCAGGUCAACAAUAAGGACAUCUACAUAGCAGGAGAGGCACUGGGAGGGAGGAACAUCCACAACUGUGACACACCUGUCUGUCAGCACCUGCCCUGCCGCAAUGGAGGCACCUGUGUCAGUGAUGCAGAGGACUGGUUCUGUGAGUGCCCUCCUCUCUACUCUGGUCGGCUCUGCCAGUUCACAGCCUGUGAGUGGAGCCCCUGUGGUCACGGAGCCACCUGUAUCCCCAAGUCCUACCAGGAAGCUGUGUGUCUCUGCCCUUACGGAAGACAGGGCCUGCUGUGUGAUGAUGCCAUCAACAUCACCCGGGCCAGGUUCAGUGGGAAUGAUGAGUUUGGAUACACCUCGUUCAUAGCGUACUCCUCCAUUCCCAGCCUCAGUGUCUACUAUGAGUUCCAACUGAAACUAACGUUCGCCGACGGAGCCUCAGCGCUGAAGGACAACCUCAUCCUCUUCUCUGGACAGAAAGGACAGGGCAUUGAUGGAGAUGACUUCCUAGUUCUGGGGGUUCGGAAUGGCAGAAUUGUUCACAAGUUCAACCUUGGAUCUGGUGUGGGAACCAUGGUCAGCGACCGGCUGAACCGUGAGAUCGAUAUCCACACUGUGAACUUUGGCAGAUCUGGGAGAACAGGAUGGUUAAAGGUGGACGGACAGAGAAACAGGACAGGCUCUUCUCCAGGCCACCUGGCAGGUCUCAACGCGCAAAGCCAAGUCUUUGUAGGAGGAUAUAAUGAAUAUACUCCUGAACUACUGCCCCUCGGAUCCAGGUUUCGCAAUGGCUUUCAAGGUUGCAUAUUUGAUCUGGAGUUUCGGACGAGGAGAGACGGGAAGUUCAUAGCGUUGGGGAAGCCUGAGGGUCAUCCUAACUCUGGCCGUAGCGUGGGUCAGUGCGGGGUCACACCCUGCACCCUGGUGACGUGCAGGAACGGAGGAACCUGUGUGGACUCUGGAUCCUCUGUCUACUGCCAGUGCCCAUUCGGCUGGAAGGGAGCACUCUGCUCUGAGACCGUGUCUGUGUGCGACACUGAACACCGCCCCCCUCCAUUGUGUGCCCGUGGUUCCACCUGCGUACCCCUUCCAGACGGAUACACCUGCCUCUGCCCCUUGGGUACCGGCGGACUGCACUGUCAGCAAGCCAUGGCCAUCAGUGACCCGUUCUUCAGCGGUAACCAGUCAUCCUGGAUGUCUUUCCCUCCAGUCAGCAUCAGACACAGGACAGACCUCAGGCUGCAGUUCCAGACUCUGUCACCAGAGGGCAUCCUCUUCUACACAGCACAGCACCUCAGUGCCCGGGCCGGAGACUUCUUCUGUGUGUCCCUGACAUCAGGGUUGGUCCAACUGCGUUACAACCUGGGUUCUGGAACCAACGUGUUACAGUCCACUAACAGAGUGGACAUCAGCGGAGGGACCUGGCACACGGUGAGGACAGGCAGGACGGGCCACCAGGGGUUCCUGGUUCUGGACGGGCUGGAGGUGAAGCAGAACGACACCGAGGGAGGGAUGUCCACUCUGGACGUGGCCACGGACCUCUUCGUCGGCGGGGUCUCCGACCUGAGCUCCAUCUCUACGUUCUCCGUGGAGAACGAGCCUGUGGGUUUUACCGGAGGCGUGAGAGAGCUCGUCUUAAACGGACACGACUUUGACCUGACGGAGACAGGGGCCCUGGGAGGGGCCAACGUGGGCGACUGGGACGGGACGGCGUGCGGGUACAAGGUGUGCCAGAACGGCGGCCUCUGUACUGCGUUGAGCGGCGCCGAUUCUGACUCGUUUAUGUGCACCUGCCCUCCUCGGUGGACGGGUCCUGUGUGUAACCAGUCGGUGUAUUGUGUCAAUAACCUGUGUCAACAUGAGUCAUUGUGUUUCUCUGAUCUUGUGACUGGCUCAUACGACUGUUUCUGUCCUCUCGGGUGGGAGGGGAGGUACUGCGAUAAGCAGGUAGGCCUAUCCAUGACCACUCUGAAGUUCGUUGGGAAAUCAUAUCUGAAAUACAGGGAUCCUAAAUUCAACACAAGAAAUCUGAGGUACACGCAGGUUGCGUUUAACUUUACAGCAAGCGGGAACGAAGGGUUGAUUCUGUGGAUGGGAAGAGCGGAGCACGAUGACGACGACUACCUUGCUGUCGGGCUUCAGGAGGGGCACCUCAAAAUCGCAGUCAACCUCGGAGAGAGGCUCUCCCUCCCGCUCACCUUCAGAAACGUCACGUUGUGUUGCAACAAAUGGCAUUACUUAUCUCUCUCUCUGAACAGUACCCUUAUUCAGGUGUUCCUGGGUGACCAGAGGGUCCUUUUCGAAGACGUGGACCCCUUCGAGCGUUACGUUGCCAUGAAUUACGGGGGUCUGUUGUACUUGGGAGGGUUCGAGUUGCACAGGAACAUCUCAACAGUGACGUCUGGGCUGUUUACCAAAGGGUUUGUGGGAGAUCUUAAAGAUGUGCGUUUGUAUCAGGACCCCAGACAACUACAGUUCCUGCAAAACAGCAAAGGAUUUAAUGUUCACAAAAGUAAUGAGUAGUUCUGUAACUUGUGAAAAUAGGUGAUUAAUGUGUUGUGAUA